GUGGAUUCAUUCUUCAUCUCUGUCAGUCAGUCUGUCUGUCUGUCUGUCUGUCUCUCUCUCUCUCUAACCAAAACCAUAACCAAAACCAAAGAAGAAGAAGAAGAAGAAGAAGAAGAGUUCUUCCCUCCUCCUACCAUCUAACCGAGCCAUUGCCGAAGCUGCUGCAGAAAGCAGAAGCACAAGACGACGCCGGUAAAGCUGCUCCUCCAUUCCAUCCCGUGGCUUGCCGUGUGUGCGUGCCGAUCAUAUACUCUCAUCAUCAUCAUCAUCAGCAGCAGCAGCAGCAGCAGGUUCCGAAUCUCGAUCAAAUCUCCCCGGUACCACUGCAAUUUCUGAUGGACAAUGGAGUGGAACCGGCGGUGACGGAUGAAUCGGCCAGUAGACUGGAGGACGAGGUGAGGCGAGCGUUGGAACAGGCCAAGGAGCUCCAGGACGCCGCCUCCUCCUUCAUAGCCAAGUCUUCCAGCGAGGAGCAGUCCCUCAGGCAGCGUGCCGCUUCGCUCGACUCCAACCUCCGCCGCCUCCGCUCCUCCAUCGAAUCCCAGCUCCGGAACAAGCUCUUGGAUCCCCAACUCUCCGACAAGCUAGAAGAGGAAUUACAGAAAGCAAGAUGUAUCAUGUUUGAUGGAGAUGCUUCUUCUUUCUUCCCUUUGAAACCUCAAGGAAGGUUUCUGAAGAUGUUCCUUGGUCCAAUCAAUGUACGUGCCACUAGAAAAGAUGUGCAGCUGAAGGUCAAAGAAGAAUACAACAGUUACAGAGAUAGGACCGCCCUUCUCUUUCUUCUUUUCCCAGCAGUACUAUUAGUCUUGAGAUCCUGGAUAUGGAAAGGAUGCAUGCCAGCCUUUCCUGUUCAGCUCUACCAGGCCUGGCUGUUAUUCCUGUACACUGGGUUGGCAUUGCGGGAGAAUAUACUGAGAGUGAAUGGGAGUGAUAUUCGUCCAUGGUGGAUAUAUCAUCACUAUUCUGCUAUGAUUAUGGCCCUUGUCAGCCUCACAUGGGAGAUUAAAGGACCACAUUGUGCACGAAAGCAGAGAGGUGUACAACUCUUUCUGGAAUGGGCUAUGAUGCAAGGUGUGGCAAUGCUUCUGCAGAACAGAUACCAACGUCAAAGACUUUACACUCGCAUUGCGCUAGGAAAGGCUAAGAGAAUGGAUGUUGUCUGGGGAGAAACUGCUGGUGUCGCUGGUCAGUUGUGGCUUCUUUGUCCCAUACUCUUCAUCUUGCAGGGUUUUGAGGCUUACGUCGGCCUAUCCUUGCUUAAGACAGCAUUUGUAGGAGUGGCUUCUGAAUGGCAGGUUGUGUUUUGUGGGAUGAUUUUGGUUUUCAUGGCAGUGGGGAAUUUCGUGAACACGGUCAAGACUCUCAUGACAAAAUCAAGGUUCAAGGCAAAGAUGAAGAGAACAAAGAGCAAGGCGGAAAUGGAUUAGGCCCUCCAUUGGUUCGUUGUGAGGUUCCUACAGUUCGCCUUUGUGUCCAUUAUUACAACAUGGCUUAUGAGUGUCUUCUACAGCUUUUAUGCAAAUGGGCUUUGUCACAUGGGGCCAAAUUUUUGUGGAACUCAUCAUGGCAUCUUUGAAUGGUACAUAUGUAAUCCUCAAAUUGCCAUGCCGAAAUUCGGCCAUGCAUUUCGUUCUACUCCAUGCAGUCCCUUCCCGAAGAUUGCUUCCAAGUUA